CCCUGUUCUGCGUCGCGCAUUACGUCACACAGCUCAAUGUCCGCCAUACCCGUGCAAGCGUCACAGAAAACGUGUUACGUCUACGUAUGGCUUCGCGACGCAGUGUUUACUUCGAACUGCUAAGUAUCAUGGAAAGUCUAGAAGAAAGGUUGAUCGAUUUGGUGCGUCCCAAUCCAGUGAUCUACGACACUAACCAUCCGAACUACAUGAAAAGAGAAUUUAAAACGGAAAUAUGGAAUAAGAUUGCAUCUGAGAUGAACUUGAAAGACGGUGACGAAGCCAAAGAAAUGUGGAUGAAAUUGAGAAAUAACCAUAGAGAUGCUCUGAGACGACAUAAACGUUCGACGAAAAAUGGAACACCAAAUUUCAAACCAUGGAAGUACCAAUCGAAAAUGGAAUUUUUAUUGCCUUUCAUGGUCAAUCUGUAUCGGGAUAUGAAUUUAACCAAUGAUUUAACCAAUGAUGAAGAUCAUUCAGAACAUACAGUACGCCAUAAACUAGAGCCCCAUUUUGAUGAUCAGAUAGACGUGGAAGAUGGAGAACUGGACCAAGUGAACCCUGAAGAGAACGUAGACUGGGAGAACUCACUAGAUACCUUUCUGAACGAGCCUGCUGAAUCUCCACCUCCCCCUGCAACUAAAAAACCGAAAAAGGAAAUGAAAAAAAUUGAUUAUGAUUCUCCAAAUAGAGAAACUUUUGGAUGCAGUGAAGAAAAAAAAUCUUCGGAUCAUCUAUACUUAUUCUUCAUGUCAAUGUAUGAACUCACCAAAAAAAUGCCUCCAACAUCUCAGCAUAUUGUUCGAAGGAACAUUUUUCUAUCUGUAUCGCAAGAGGAGGCAAGACUACUAGACAUUCCUGAACCAAUAUCCUCCCUGUCACAGCAAUUUUCGUUUCCUACAUAGAUUUUUCUUUGUGAAUUAUUUGUUUUCAAUUUUUUUUAGCUUACUUUACUCGGUUGUAUUUUUUGUUUCACUGUUUUUAGUAUAAUUAAAUGUUUUCUUGUUAA